UUUGAUUGUUUUGCAGACAUAAACAGCAGCAAAAAGCUGCUUCUGUAUCGUGACCUGUUUUGUCGAAUAUGUCUACAAUACAGCAAGGGCGCAUUGAUCCCGAUCGAUGCAGAGAUAAAGAAGACUACGCUGCUGGAUAUGUUCAUUCAGCUCACCACGUUUGAGCAUGAACAUAACGAUGCGUUUCCAAGGUUUAUGUGUGAACAGUGUGUGAGCAAGCUGACAUUGGCGUACAGCAUCCGCGAGGAGUUUAUAUCGCAAACCGAACUGCUGCUGAAGUUGGUUGUCCAGAAGCAGAUCAUCAAGUACUAUGAACAGUUUCCGCUGGAGCAACGGGUGCCGACCAACGUGUCGAAGUCGAAAGUUGGCCAGGCAAAGCAAACGCCAUCCAGCACGCCAGCAAACGAGUUAAAGGCAAGCGAAAAAAUCAUCGCAAAAAUGGUAAGCACCAAGCGGAAGGUAUUACUCCCAAACAUAAAAUCCGAGCAGUUGAUCAUCAAGGAUGAACCCAAGGUGGAAAAUGAAAUGGAAGCACCAGGAGAUGUUGUGGAUGUAGAGAAAUCUGCACCGCCACCGACGGCAGAGGAUUUAAAUUUCAACGACUUUUCCAAUGAUUGGGAUUCAUCCAGCACAGGAACAUCGAUCGAUGAGGAAGAUUGGAGCUACAGUCUUAAUCCGAUUACGCCACAAAAAUUGGCUGAACUUCAACCGGCCCGACCCUUCAGGCGCAAGUACCCGCAUGCGGCGGGGCGCAAACGGGCGAAACAAUCGCCCUCCGACUCGCAGCCGGAAGUGAAGGAAGAGAAAAAGGUAAGACACAAUCAGUUUUCCACCACAACAUGCUUCAUCUGCGACACGAAGCAUGACACGAUCGAGCAGCGUGAUGAUCAUUUCCGGCAUCACAUUCACAUGUUGCCGUACGAAUGCACGGAAUGCAUCGCCGAUCCACCGCCGGAAGAUUCACCGGUAAAAGAGGAACAGCCACCGGGCGUGAAAUACAUUGUGCUGCGAAGCGUUAUCCAGCUAAACAGUCACCUGAUGAUGCAUACGAUGCCGUUCAAAUGUGAACACUGUUACCGACGAUUCUCGUCGGUGUAUCUGCUUCAUCACCACACGUGGAACUAUCACGAACACUCCAAGGAAGGACUAACGUGCGAAUGGUGUGGGAAGCGCUACUAUACACGACGACCCUUCCAGGAGCACGUCCGCCGCCACAAGCAGGUCGUUGCGGAACGGUUCAAAUGUGAAACGUGUGGCCGAACGUUCGGUUCGAAUGCACUGCUCAGGCGUCACAUUAUGGUACACACUGGGGAACGAAAUCACAAAUGCACUUACUGUCCGAGACGAUUUAGUAGGCGGUGCAAUCUGCUUGACCAUUUGCGCCUCCAUACCGGUGAGCGGUGUCACAAAUGUAGCGAAUGUCCCCAAACGUUCAACACCAAAUCAUCGCUUGAGAAGCAUCAGCGGAACUAUCAUGGUGACUAUGCGUCCGUAAUGCCGCCCAAGGGUGAUCGAAAUAUUUACACACUUCAAUCGGACGGUUCGCGCCUGUAUCGUUGCAAAACGGUUGGAUGUACUUUUACCAGCGUUUCCAGUACGAUUAUGACUCAGCACCGACUUCGACACAAUAAGCCAUGCAUUUGUGAGGAAUGUGGACAACGCUUUGUAUCGCCAAAGUACGUUCGCAAGCACAUAAAUUUGAUGCAUUCGGGUAAACCGAGAAAACCGUACCAGCGGACAAGUGAUACCGGUACGGAAGAAGCAUCAAAGGAACCGAAGGAGGAUAAUAUGGACGAAUCGUCACUGGCCGAACUCAGUGCGGACGAUUCAUUGAUACAGGAGGUGAAGCUUGACGAGGAGAUGCAAACGGAGGAGGAAGAGGAGGAGUGGCCUAAGGUGAAAGAUAACAUUAUACGUACCGAGUGGAAUGCGGGCGAUUUGAACGUGGUGCGGGAGUAUGUGGUUGAGUUUGUGGAGGAUUCAAAAGAAAUCGAAAUUUAA